AUGAAAAAACUAUUUAUAUUUGUUGUUGUAUUUUUAUUAUUUUUUAUAAAUAUAAUAAACUCACAAGCCAAUAAGAAAUGUAAAAUAUCAUUGUUAUUGUCAGGUGAUUUUAACGAUAUGGGCUACAACUUUAUGAUGAACGAUGCACGUAUCAGAACCGAAAGAAUUUUAGGUGUAGAUUCGAUUUAUUAUGUACAUUUAGAAGAGUCAUUAGAUUUAGCAAGAUGGGCCAUUGAGGAUUCAGUUAAUAACCAAAAUGCAAAUUUCAUUAUAGUGUCCUCAUCAAUCCACACAUCGUUAGGUUUCGAAUAUGCAAAGAAAUACCAAGACAGAGAUAUCUAUUGGUUUAUUAGAGGAAGAUCAAGACCCGCAGAAGAUGGUUUAGAUAAAGUUACAGUUUUCAGUUUCAACAGUUAUGUUUUACAUUAUGCUUUGGGUUAUUUCUCUGGUUUAAUGAGUAAAACUGGUGUUGUUGGUUUCGUUGCACCAGGACCUCAAGUUCAAACAGUAUCAACUGACAAUUCAUACUAUUUAGGUGCAAGAGCCGCAAAUUCAAGUAUCAAAUUUGUAAAUAUCUAUACUGGCAGUUGGUUGAACCCAGAAGUUGCAUACAAAGCUUCAGAAUUUUUAAUUUCAAAUGGUGCAGACUAUAUUGGCAUGAGUCAAGACGAUAUGAGCGUUCAACAUGCUUUAAUAGAUCAUGGCAGUAUGGGUCUUGGUGCAACUGGUUACCCAAAUAGUUUAGUUUAUGGUGCUGAUGUAGGUUUAAGUUACAUUACCAAUUGGACCGAUGUAUUUGUAAAAUAUGCAACCCGUGUUGUAGAUGGCACUUGGCAACCAGAAAUAUACUCUACUAGUUUUGCAGAUGGUGGAUCAUUAUUUAUGGAUAAAUACAGUUAUAAAGUCGAAGAUUCAAUUCAAUUAAAAGUAUCUGAAAUGAUUGAAAAGUUAAAAAACGACUCUUACCAACCAUUCAGAUGCGAUCCAUUAUAUUUAAAUUUAGAAGUACCAAUUGAAAACGGUAAUUGUGUAAAUGACACUUAUUUCAAAACAAGUAAAAUAUUAAUUCAAAAUUCUGAAGUUCAAGAUUAUGGUGUUUAUACAAUCCCAAUCAAAUUUGUUGAUUACCCAAGUUCAUUAAAAUUAGGUGUAACAAUUGUAUCAGCUAUUUCAAUAGCAUUCUGUAUUGUUGCAAUGGGUUUAGUAAUGUUAUUCAGACAUGCUAAAAUUAUUAGAUCAGCCAGUCCUGCAUUCUGUUUAUUAAUUUUAUUAGGUUGUAUUGUUAUUUUCUGCGCUUGUAUUAUAUUUUCACAAACCCCAACUAAAGAGACCUGUCGUACCAGAGUUUGGUUAUUAUCUAUCGGCUUUACAAUCUUUUUAGGUAACUUGUUGGUAAAGAAUUGGAGAAUUUGGUUAUUAUUCGAUAAUCCAAAAUUAAAGAAGAGAGCUAUUACCAAUUGGAAACUUUACCCAUGGGUUGCAGGUAUUUUAGCAAUCGAUAUUUUAAUCUUAGGCUUAUGGACUGGUUUAGGUAACAUCAGAUCAGAACCACGUGCUGGCAUUGACGGACUUAGCAAAUAUGAAUACAGCGAUGUUUGUACAAACGAUAAAAGCGGUGAUACAAUGUUAUACAUUUUAUUAGUAUUCCACGGUUUGAACUUAUUGAUGGCCUGUUUCAUCUCAUUCAAAAUCAAAGCUGUUGAUAUCGAUGAAUUUAACGAAUCAAAACCAAUUUCAACAAGUGUAUAUUUAAUUACCUUCUGUUUAUUCAUUGUUAUUCCAUUAAUGAUUUCACCACAAUCUAUUUCAUCACAAACUACAAUUAUUUGCGUUUGUUCAAUCUUUGUUACUUUAUUAAGUAUUGUAAUUUUAUUUGGAUCAAAAUUCUACAAGAUGGCAACCAAAGGUUUAGCAUUAAACGAAACUUUCGCCACCAGCACCAAGAGUUCAAGCUUCUCAUUAUCAUUAGAAAAAGAAGAAAAAGAUGAGCAUGUUAAAGAAGAAAUUAAAAAAUCCCAAGCAAGCAGUAACCAAGCCACUAGUGGAAACCAUGUUAGUAGAUUAGCUUAUUUCACAUCUGAUGACAGUGACGAUGAUGAAUCUCCUAAACAAAAUGAAAGACCACAAGAAAAUAUUGAUAUAGAAAAAUCAAAUACCAAUUUAAUUGUACAACAACAACCAGAAUUACAUGAUUCACAACCAACACAAUCUUCUGAAAUUAAAGAAGAUUUAUAA